AGGAUUGAUGCCGAAGCGAUGAGUGUGACGCAAAAUCUUUAUACUAUUGUGGGUUCUCUUUCCUCUUGGAUGCCCAUGGAACUGCUUUUUCUUUGAUGGUGGGGCCCCAACGACACCAUGUUAAGCCCAUUUACUUGAGUCCACUACUUCUCCUCUUGUAACCGGGCCGUACCAGCCUUCUUUCCUUACGUCCAAGUAGCUAGGGUUUUUUCCUUUUAUGAGGAGUAUAAAUUUGUAACAAAGGAGAGUAGAAAGAACCUAUGAAAUGAUGAAUUAAAGUUGCCUCUUUUUUCUCAAACUCUUCUUUCCCUUUCUUCUUUUAAAUUCCUGCACUAUUUUGUAUUAAAGUUGCCAUUUUCAGCCAACCUGAACCGAUUGGGCAUACCAAUUGGUAUCAGAGCCCGUCGAUUUAAUGGGCAAAAACAUGCAGUCCGCCACCUCUGAUCCAGACGCCGUCACUGUUGCGGUUGAUGUUCGUCAAAAAUACCUGCGAACUCAAGUUGAUGACUUGUGUGACUCAAUCUUCGCCCUGGAAACACAACAAACCCACCUCCAGAAAUCUCUCGAAACCUUGAACACCUCCAACACAGCUUUUCAAAACAAUAUAACCUCACAGUUUGCAGCUUUUCAAUCCCUAAUGCUUGGCGAACUUCGAAUCCUCAAAUCGGGGCCUCCACCCUCCCAAACCUCCACCCACACCGCCACCCACCACACACCCAACCCCUCUUCAACCCCCAUUCAACCUCAACACCAGACCACUUCAUUUCUCGGUCCUCGUCCCUCUAACCUUAACCCAUCCCCUUGAUUUCGUUUAAUUUUUGUGCCUUUCAGUGCUCAAUCCUCAAGUCUGGGCAUUUCCUACCCACUCUCCCCGAGCUUAGCCCCAUUUUCCACUUACACCACCACCACUUCACCCACCCCCAUUCCCACCGCUACAGCCCCAACCCUACCAUUUAUCACACUCACAAUCCUUCCACUUAAGUCCCUCCACGGCACCCAACUCCUCACCACCCUCCCUUCCCAUAUUACCCAACCCACCUCCCUAGAACCCUCAUUCACAUUUUAAAGCUAUUAAAAUGGAACUGCCAUGAUUUAAUGGCGAGGACCCUUACGGGUGGUUAACCAUAGCAGAACGUUACCUUGACUACUGAAUAAAAUGCCCAAACAGCAUGGCAAAAAAUUUACCCGAUAUAGUGAAGAAGAUCAAUGACAGGCUGAAUUUUUGCAUUAUGGAACUGAAUAAAAUGCCCAAGAGUCUUUCGUCUGUUGCUGAGGCCAUGACGGCCUUUAUGCAAAUCAUUGGCUUGGCUAAGGAAUCGCUUAGGAAGAUCCUUUUGAGAGGAGAAUUUGAGGAGUACGCGGAAGACAACCGCAUGCACUGCACUGCUAGAUUGGUUGAGAUGCUCAACCAGUACUCGGAUGAACUUCACAGAUGUCCUGAAAGUGAUGCAAAGAGCAACUUCUUGAUGGAGGAAAUCAAGAUCUUGGAGGAGAACAAAGGUAUUUCACUUCCGAACUUUCUUCCGCGCAAUGCUUUCCACAUUAUCUUGCAGAGAAAAGUGAAUGGAAUUUCAAGUAUUCCGAUUGCAUUUGUGGAACGAGUGUGGAUCUACAUUGAAGAGGCGGUUAUUUCUGUCUUGAUGCGUAAUUCGGAGAACUAUUAUCAGCUGCAGCUGUCAGCAAGGCGUGCCGGCCAUAAUCUAAUGGCCAAGAUGAAGGAAAGGUCAAUCAAGUGGAUGCUGGAGCUUGUAGAGAUGGAAAAGGUGACAGAUUAUACAUGCGAUGCUGAUUAUGUUUCCGAAUGGAACAAGUUGAUGGCUAGUCAAAACGAAUUCAUUCAAGGAGUCUUAACUGAUGGGAAGAAACCGUCUGUCAUAGCUAUAGAAGGCAUCGGGGAAGUCGAAGUCGGUGUUCUGAGGAAGUACCCGCAUGUUUUAGCUCAAGCUUAUGACCUUAAAAUGAGAAUGAUUGCCUAUUGGAAGGUUGUUUUGAGGAGGCUUGUGGACUCCAUGGCAUUGCACUUGCAGCUGUCUGUUUUCAACCUUGUGAACAAAGAGAUGGAAGCUGAGAUUGUGAAUGAGUUGAUGGGACCAUACGGUGGGGGAAUUGAGAGGAUGUUGGAGGAGUCCCCGGCAGUGGCAGUAAAGCGUGAGAAGCUUAACAAAAGCAUAAGAAAACUGAGGGAUUCUAAGGAGGUAGUUGCCAAGAAUAUGGACAGCAUUGUCACUCAUGGGGAUUAACUAACUUGCCAAUUAGUUUUGAGGGUACUAAAAAUGGUCUAAAUAAAAGUAUGCAGUCUGUUUUCUUAUGUCGUUGGUUGUUUGUUUGUCAACUUUUGUUUCAAGUUUUUUCGUUUCCUUUGUGU